GGGAGACCCAGGUGGCCUCUCUGAACAAGAACCCUGAGUGGCCUGGAGCAGCAUGAGGCAGAGCUGGGGACCAGGGCUGCUUAUUGUGGGAGCUGUGGUCCUGAUAGAGGGUCUUCAAGCAGCUCAGCGUGCAUGCGGGCAGCGUGGCCCUGGCCCUCCAGAGCCUCAGGAAGGCAGCACAUUACCUGAUGACUGGCCCUGGCAGGCCAGUGUGAGGCGACACGGGGCACACAUCUGCAGUGGCUCCUUGGUGGCAGAUACCUGGGUCCUCACAGCUGCUCACUGCUUUGAAAAGGUGGCCACAUCAGAACUGAGCUCCUGGUCUGUGGUCCUGGGUUCUCUGAAGCAGGAGGGGCUGAGCCCGGGGGCUGAGGAGGUGGGAGUCGCUGGCCUGCAGUUGCCCAAGGCCUAUAACCACUAUAGCCAGGGAUCGGACCUGGCCCUGCUCCAGCUCAGCCAUCCUGCGGCCCAUACAGCCCUCUGCUUGCCCCAGUCCACCUAUCAUUUCCCCUUUGGAGCCUCUUGCUGGGCUACAGGCUGGGACCAGAACACCAGCAGCAUCUCCAGGACCCUACGGAAUCUGCGACUUCGGCUCAUCAGCCGCCCCACCUGUAACUGUCUCUACAAUCGCUUACACCAGCGGCUGCUGGCCAGCCCAGCGAGACCUGGGAUGCUGUGUGGGGGUGCACAGCCUGGGGUACAGGGACCCUGCCAGGGAGAUUCUGGGGGACCUGUGAUGUGCCGUGAGCCUGAUGGACACUGGGUCCAGGUUGGAAUCAUUAGCUUCACGUCAAGAUGUGCCCAAGAGGACACUCCUGUGCUGUUGACUGACAUGGCCACUCACAGUUCAUGGCUGGAGGCCCACGUUCAUGGGGCAGCUUUCUUGGUACAGGACCCAGGAACUGUAGAGACCAGUGACGAGAACAGCUGUGUCGCAUGUGGCUCCUUGAGGAGUGGAGACCCCCAGGCCGGAGCCCUCUCUCAGUGGCCCUGGGAUGCCAGGCUGAAGCACCAUGGGAAGCUGGCUUGUGGUGGAGCCCUGGUAUCAGAGGUGGUGGUGCUGACUGCUGCCCACUGCUUUAUCGGGCGCCAAACCCUAGAGGAAUGGAGUGUAGGUCUGGGGGCUGGACCAGAGGAACGGGGCCUGAAGCAACUCAUUCUGCAUGGGGCCUACACCCACCCAGAGGGUGGCUAUGAUGUGGCCCUCCUGCUGCUGGCUCAGCCUGUGACAUUAGGCCCUAGCCUGAGGCCCCUUUGCUUGCCCUAUGCUGACCACCGCCUGCCUGAUGGUGAACAUGGCUGGGUUCUCGGGCUGACUCAAGGAGCAGGCAACAGCUACCCCCAGACAGUACCUGUGACAGUUUUAGGGCCAACAGCCUGUAGCCAACAACAUCCAGCCCCUGGGAGCACGGGCAUUCCCAUUCUGCCAGGGAUGGUAUGCACCACUGUUGUGGGGGAGCCGCCUCAGUGUGAGGGCCUAUCUGGGGCACCACUGGUCCACGAGGUCAGGGGCACGUGGUUCCUGGCUGGACUGCACAGCUUUGGAGACGCCUGCCAAGGCCCUUCGAGGCCUGCUGUCUUUGUAGCACUCUCUGCCUAUGAGGACUGGGUCAGCAACCUAGACUGGAAGGUCUACUUCGCCGAGGAGCCAGAGCCUGAGCCUGAGCCUGGAAGCUGCCUGGUCAACUCAAGCCAACCAGCCAGUUGCUGACUGGUGACUCUCUAGUUUACUCACAAGAUGCCCGAAAAGCCAGGCAACUCCCACAUCAACACCCAACUCUACACUGAUGCCUUUCCCCUCCCUGUCUCAUGGUCCCAGCCCUGAGGCAGGUCCCACAGCUGUCUGGCUGGGAAUGAGCCUGCCCAAGGAUGCUUUCCAUGUGUGGCCAUGACCCCACCCCUAAGCUCUGCCUUCCAACAGAGAUGUCUCCAGUAUUCCCUAAACAGUUCUUCAGAUACAACACUAGCAGCUGUUGUGGAAAAAAAAAAGUGUUUUUUGUUUUUUUUGUUUUUUUUUUUAGGGGGUGGGGUGGGGAGCAAUUUUCCUUUUUUAAAACUUAAAUAAAUUGUUACAAAAUAGAUUUUAGAAAAUAAGUUACAAACUAUAGUAAAAGGCUCCCCUUCCACAGACCCCUUUCCCACCUGUGGUACACGCUCUGAAUAUCCUCUCCCUGGGUUUAGAACCCGGCUAUCCCAGCACUCUGGCAGAGCCUGGCCCUGGAAGAACACGGUGGCAAAGGCUUAGGAAGGAGACUCUUCAUGGACACAGACAUGAAGACUACCUUAUGCCCUGCUUGCAAAAGAAACCAGAUCAGGGUCCUCUUCAUGGGAAGAGGAAGUGGGGAUGCCCAAGCAACUCCUGAGCAAAAUGUGGAGAUGAAGCCUCUCCCUGCCUGCAUCCCCAGCUUCAGUGAACUGUUCUUUGGAGACUUGUAGUUCAGAGGGAGAAGUUGAGGUCUGCAGGCCACUGGGGCGAGGUGUCGAGUGAGGCUGGAGAGGAGUCCCCUCUGCUUGUUGCUGGUGCCAUUGAAGCU